AUGAAGAGCAGCGCCGAUCCGUCAUCAUGUGCACCGGGCUCCGACGGACCGCCUGCCUGUUGCGCCUCACCGCAAUCUGCGUCCUUCUCUCCCACACGGCCGCCUACUUCGGACUGACCGGCCGGGAGCCUCUGGUCUUUUUGCCCGGUCCCUUCUCCAAUGAAUCUCCAUCGGGCAAAGCGCACCUGAAACAAUGCGAGCAGCUAAGCUUGACCCGCCGACAGAAGCGCUUGUGUCGCCGGGAACCCGGGCUGGCUGAGACGCUGAGAGAGUCAGUUCGGCUCAGCCUCAUGGAGUGUCGGUACCAGUUCCGAAAUGAACGAUGGAACUGUAGCAUGGAUGGCCGCGGCAGUCUCCUAAAAAGAAGUUUCAAAGAGACAGCCUUCCUCUUGGCCGUGUCUUCGGCAGCGUUAUCGCACGCGCUGGCAAAAGCCUGCAGCUCUGGGCGCAUGGAGCGCUGCACGUGCGACGACUCGCCCGGCCUGCAGCAUCGCGAGGCCUGGCAGUGGGGAGUCUGUGGUGAUAAUCUGAAGUACAGCACAAAGUUCCUCAAAAAGUUCCUGGGCCAGAAACGUGUCAACAAGGACUUGAGGGCCCACAUCGAUUUCCAUAACAUCAAUGUGGGAGUUCGGGCGGUGAAGAGCGGCCUGAAGACCACCUGCAAGUGCCACGGCGUGUCGGGCUCCUGCGCGGUGCGCACCUGCUGGAAGCAGCUGUCCCCCUUCCACGACACGGGUCGCCUGCUCAAGUACCGCUACGACACGGCCGUGCGCGUGCUCAGCCUCACCAACGCCGCUACCGCCGAGGUGGAGCUCGCCGGCGGGCCCCCCUCCCGGAAGUACUCCUCCUCCUCCUCCUCCUCCUCCCUGUACUCCUCCUCUUCUUACUCCUCCUCCUCAUCCUACAUCUCCUCCCUGGGCUCCUCCAACAUUGCUGGAGCCUCCUUCUCCGCGUCCCAAUCCUCCCCCUCCAACUCCAACUCCAACACUGCGUCCUCCUCAUCCUCCUCAUCUACCUCCUCCUCCUCCUCCUCCUCCUCCCUCUCCUCCUCCUCCUCUUCCUCCGCGGUGGUGACCCCCAGGGCCCGUCCCACCGACCUGGUCUACCUGGAGGAGUCGCCCAGCUUCUGCCGGCCGUCGCGCUACUCGCCGGGUACGGCGGGCCGACCCUGCGCCAAGGACACCAGCUGCAGCAGCCUGUGCUGUGGGCGUGGCUACAACACGGCGCUAAGGCUCACCACCCUCUCCUGCCACUGCCAGGUGCGCUGGUGCUGCCAUGUGGAGUGCCAGACCUGCCUGCGGGAGGAGGAGGUGUACACCUGCAAGAAACACUGACGGAGGAGGAGGAAAGGGAGGAGGAGGAGUAUUUGAACACCCCUACGAGAAACACUGAGAGAGGAGGUGGAGGAGGCAUCAGGAGAAAGGAGUACACAUUCAAAAAAAACACUGCGAGAGAGGGGGUGGUGGUGAGAGGAGCAGGGGUAAGGAGGUGUGCACCUGUAAGAAACACUGACUGAGAGAGGAGGAGAUGGUGGAGGUGGACAUACCUGGAGAGGUAAAGGUGUACACCUGCAAGAAACAUUUUUUUUUAAAAGGAGGCGGAGGAAGAGAUGGAUGGAUCGAGGUGUACAUCUACCAAAAACACUGAAAAAGGUGGCGAGAGGACAUGCGAGGAGGAAUGGAGGUUUCCACACCUGGAAACAAAAACAAUAAAAAACAUUAAAGAGCGGAGAACACGGACACGCGUGAGGAGAUGUAGGCACCUGCAAACAUAAAAAAUACUGAAAGACAAAAUCUGAGGGACCAAAAUGAUGGGAGGUGGGUAAGAUAAUCAAGAGAUGUUGAGUUGACAUUUAAAAGAACAAAAGACGAAACAACAAGAACAAGCGAUACAGAAAGACAGACAGAAAGAAAGAAAGACAUA